AGCAGCUGAUGCCGAGAUCUCUGCUGUUCCGGUGGAAGGAGGCUUAACGACUCUCGAGAGAAAUAGUAAAAGAAAUGUUUCCAUCGGAAAAGCAGAGUACUGCUUGAGAGAACCGGCCAUUUGGAAUGAGUAGAGCAGAAGCCGUCGUUUUGUGAGACAUUAAUGCUGUGUCUUCGGCUAAACAAUAGCCGAUUUAGCUGUUUUUGUCGUGGGCCGGUUGGUUGUCGUGGGAUCUAGCCUAACAAUGAAGGCCUAACCUUCGAACUCGGUUGGAUUUAAUCCUCGGAUUGAUCUAUCGACAGAUAACUGCGCAUCGUGGAAAAAGGUUUAGGCAUGGCCUCCCAGCUGCAGGUGUUCUCUCCUCCCUCUGUGUCGUCCAGUGCUUUCUGCCGGGUGAAGAAGAUGAAGGUGGAGAGCUGUGCAUGGGAGGUGUCGGCGGAGCCCUACGGCGCCGUGGGCCAGGCCUAUGGCUUCACGCCGUCGGCCGCCCUGCCCUUCAACUCCUCUGGCCUGGUCUUCCCCCCCGCCGGGGCCUCCCGAGGGCAGGUGGUGGUGCGGGCAGCGGACAGCACCGGUAGUCUCCCCCGCACCUCCCACAACAGCAACAACAACAACAGCAACAACAACAACAGCGGCGGCGGCGGCGGUGGCAGUGGCAGCCAGCACGGAGACUCCCACAGCAGCCGGGGGCAGAGGUACGGCGUGAAGCGAAAGAACGAGGAGGUGGACUCGUCCAGCGGCGGAGGCAGCGGCAGCGGCAGCGUCCAGAUCCUGGAGGAGCUCUCGGCGCCGGCCUUCUCCGCCCGCGCCGCCGGUGGCGGGGGCAACACGGCCCAGUCCAUCGCCAACUCCGCCCCCACCACCAAGAGCAGCAGCUCCAACGGCGAGGGCGACUACCAGCUGGUGCAGCACGAGAUCCUGUGCUCCGUGUCCAGCAGCUACGAGGUGCUGGAGUUCCUGGGCCGGGGGACGUUCGGACAGGUGGCCAAGUGCUGGAAGCGUGGCACCAACGAGAUUGUGGCCAUCAAGAUCCUCAAAAACCACCCUUCAUAUGCACGCCAAGGCCAGAUAGAGGUGAGCAUCCUGAAGUGUCUGAGCGCGGAGAAUGCGGACGAGUUCAACUUUGUGCGCUCGUACGAGUGCUUCCAGCACAAGGGCCACACCUGCCUGGUGUUCGAGAUGCUGGAGCAGAACCUGUACGACUUCCUGAAGCACAGCAAGUUCAGCCCGCUGCCUCUGCGCCACAUCCGGCCCGUGCUGCAGCAGGUGGCCACCGCGCUCAUGAAGCUCAAGAGCCUGGGCCUCAUCCACGCCGACCUCAAGCCCGAGAACAUCAUGCUGGUCGACCCCAUCCGCCAGCCGUACCGCGUCAAGGUCAUAGACUUCGGCUCCGCCAGCCACGUCUCCAAAGCCGUCUGCUCCACGUACCUGCAGUCGCGCUACUACAGGGCUCCCGAGAUCAUCCUGGGCCUGCCCUUCUGCGAGGCCAUCGACAUGUGGUCACUGGGCUGCGUCAUCGCCGAGCUCUUCCUGGGGUGGCCGCUCUACCCCGGCGCCUCGGAGUACGAUCAGAUCCGGUACAUAUCUCAGACGCAGGGUCUGCCAGCCGAGUACCUCCUGAGCGCCGGCACCAAGACCAGCCGCUUCUUCAACAGGGGCCCCGACUCCAGCUACCCGCUCUGGAGGCUAAAGACUCCGCUAGAGCACGAAGCGGAGAUGGGCAUCAAGUCCAAAGAGGCUCGGAAGUACAUCUUCAACUGCCUAGAUGACAUGAUGCAGGUAAAAGUUAAAGUAAACCUGUCCACUCACCUGGAGGGAACGGACAUGCUGGCGGAGAAGGCUGACCGGCGGGAGUUCAUCGACCUCCUGAAGAGGAUGCUGCGGCUGGACGCCGAUAAGAGGAUCACGCCCUCAAAGACCCUCGCCCACCCGUUCGUCACGAUGAGCCACCUCCUGGACUUUCCACAUAGCUCCCAUGUCAAGUCCUGCUUCCAGAACAUGGAGAUCUGCAAACGCAGGAGCAGCUCGUACGACAGCGGGAAGACCUUGUUUGCUGCUAACACGGUCCCUGGUGCCGCAGGGAACCUCACCGUCACCUUCAGUAGCCAGCUCAACCAGCACAACCAGGUGCCGUCAGCGGGGGGCGCUGUGCCGCUGCUGAACUACCAGCCGGCGCUGUACCAGCAGGCCACCAUCAACAUCCCGGGCCUGACCCAGCCCAGCCUGCCCAUGCAGGCCCGCACCACGCAGCUCUGCGGCCAGCCCGAGCCCUUCCAGCAGACCCUCAUCGUCUGCCCCCCCACCACCAUACAAGGGCUUCAGUCUUCCAGCAAGGGCUCCAGUUAUCCGGUGAGGAUGGACAACCCUGUGCCUCUGGUGCAGCAGAGCCAGUCCUCUCAGCCUCUGCAGCUCCAACCCAGCAUGCUCACACAGGGCUCCUGCACACCUCUGAUGGUGGCCACCCUGCACCCGCACUCUGCCGGGGUGGCACCCCAGUACCCGUUGCCCCUGGCGUUGGGCUGCGGGGGGGCACGGCCCACCCUCCUGGAGCAGACGGCCACCGUGCUGCAGGCCUGGCCGUCGGGUACGCAGCAGAUCCUGAUCCCGUCGGCAUGGCAACAGGUCCCGGGCGUGGCCAUCCACAGCGGGGCGCACACAGCGGUCGAGUCGCCACUGGUGACCGACGCCUCCGCCGCCCAGCACACACCCGGCUGGAGGGGCUCCCACGGUGGUCAGCACAGCGGAGUGUUGCAGCAGAACCCUCACAUCCUGGGGGGCCAUCUGACCCUUGACCCCACGCAGUCGCUGGGCAGAGGGGCGGGCCACAGUGGGCGAUCCCAACAGGAGAGGGGCGGGACCAAGAGGAACAGGGGGCGGCGCCAGGAGAGCAGGAACAGCGGUCCUCUGAUUGGCACACCAGCGUAUAACGCCACACUCUCUCAGCCAAUCGUCAUCUCAGACACACCGAGCCCUGCUGUCAGCGUCAUAACCAUCCACAGUGACACGGAGGACGAGGACGAGAGGAAGUUCCACCCAGCGAGCUGUGGCCCUAACCAGCGCGCCAACGUCAUCAGCUGUGUGACGGUGCACGACUCCGAUUCGUCCAGCCCCCUGACCCCGCGACCUCGGCACGGCCUCCUGCGCGGAGGCUCCACCCGCGGGUCCAAGUCUCUGGCGGUGGUGGCGCCGUCCGUGAAGACGCAGCAGGGGGAGGGCACCGCUUCUAAAGGGGCAUCCGUCACGGGUCAUUCCCAGAGCGGCUACCUGAAGCCCAAGCGUGCGGCCACAAGGCAGCCGUGCAGCUCCGGAGAGAGUGUAGAGCGCCACCUGCAGGCACCCAGCAGAUCACAGCCUCUGAACCUCAGCCAGCCCACUCUGGUGUCCUCCUCUUCCUCCUCCUCCUCAUCGUCCUCCUCGUCUCAGGAGCGCGGUGGCGGCGGCGGCGGCGGCAGUGGAGGCGGCGGCUCUCUUCGUCGGCAGCACACCUACCCGCCGGCGGGCGUCCCCCCCACGUCCUCCUCCUCGUCCUCCUCCUCGUCCUCCUCGUCCCACGUGCACCCGCACUACCGGCUGGCGGAGGCGGUGGUGCCCUUCAGCACGGCGGCGUCCAGCCUCUACACGUACCCGGCGUCGGCCGCGCUGGCGUCCGCCUCGCACGCCAUGGAGCAGCUGCUCGUCCACAGCAGCAGCAGCGCCGCCUCGCCCGCCCGUGCCGCCGCCGCCGCCGCCAACGCCGCCGCCCACUACCCCGCCGGCCUCGUCAAGGACCCCGUGGCCGGCGUGGUGCACGGGCUCCCGGCCCAGUACCAGCAGAGCUUCCCUGGGCACGCCUACGUGAGCGGAGCGGGCGCCCGCGUCGACGCCGCCUACGGCGGGUACCAGCUGAGCCCCCGCAGACUGACUCAGUACCCGUACCUAUGAGCCUGUACGCUGGAGGAGGGAUGUGGUGGUGGUGGGGGGGCAUGGGGA